AUGUCACUCUGGAAAACCAAAACGGUCCCCGUGGACGGGUUUUGCAAGGAUGGCUUCACGGGGAUCCUGGACAGCUUCAAGAAGAAUUUCAGCGAGGGCUGGGAAGCCGAGGGGGCCGCGUUUGCAGUGUACAAAGACGGGGAGUUGGUAGUUGAUAUCUGGGGCGGGUAUGCGGAGAAGAAGUACGGGCGAAGGUGGAAUCAGGAUACGCUCACCACCGUCUUCAGCACAUCAAAGAGUAUCGCCGCGAUAUGCUUUUCGAUGCUGGUGGAGAGCGGCGCUUGUGCCUAUGAAGAUGCCGUCUCCAGAUACUGGCCAGCGUACGCGCAAAAGGGGAAAGAAGACACGACCAUUGCACAGAUUAUGGCACAUCAGAGCGGCGUGCCAUGCCUAGCAAAAACUUUGGACCUGGAGACGCUGCUUGACCCAGUGAGGCUUGACAUAAUUCUAGAGGAAGAGGCCACAAGGUUCCCGCCCGGCAGUAAAACGGCUUAUCAGCCGUUCACCUACGGCUGGCUGGUCGAUGGGCUGUUCCGGAGGAUCGACCGGAAGCAAAGGAGCGUCCAGCAGUUCUACGACCAAGAGAUUCGGGAUCGACAUCACAUUGACAUGUAUAUCGGCGGGACGCAGGCCGAAGAACAUCGCAUCGCUCGCCUCAAGCAAUUCACAACGCCAUCGAUGAUCAGGGAAUGCGGCUUCGACAUGAGCGUCGCGCGCAACGGGAUCUCGUGCAUGCGACCGGGCAGCUUUUUCAUGAACGGCCUCCGGAAUAUGGAACUUUUUGGAAAGGAUUUUACCAUGUUCAACAACCCGGAUUUGCGGUUGCUCGGCCAGCCGGCCGUCAACGGGGUGGCGACGGCGAGGGGUUUAGCCAAGGUUCAUCAAGUGUUUCUGGAAGGCCACUUGAUCGGGCCUCAGCUCUUUGAGCGCUUCAAAACGCCCAGCAACCCGGACCGGUUGGACGAGACGCUGGGCGAGGUGCUGAACAAGGGCUACGGCUGGAUGUAUUGGCGAGGGCCAAAGGGAAAUUGGCAAUUUGGGCACUCGGGCGUCGGUGGACAAAAUGUACGGAUAGACGCACAGCAUGGUUUGGUAUACGCCUAUGUUUGCAACGGGCUGAAGGCCGGCUCGGGAAAUCAUUGCUUCACGUUCCGGCGCCUCGAGAAGAAGCUGUUCGACUGCAUCGACGAGGCGGCCGGCAGGAAGGUU